CGUCGCGCCGGAGGAGCGCGAGGUGGUGGAAGACCUCGAGUCGACCGAGGCAGACGCCGAAACGUGGAGAGCUGAGCAGCCGCUGAGGUGGGGCGGGGGGAGGAUUCCUGCCUGGCUUGGGCUGGACUUGCUCCCUUCGCCGCUGCCGCCGGAGUGUAGCCUCCGGGCCCAGCGGGUGGAUGGUAGUCGAGGAGCCGCGGCCGUGCCGCCGCGCAGCCAUGUCUAGCAGCAGCAGCAGCAGCAGCAGCAGCCGUCGCGCUGCUGCCAGGAGGAGGCGAGCCCAGCGCGGUCCGCGACGCCUUCUGUGAGGAGGUCCGACUGGCGGCGGCUGUGGCGGCUGUCUGAGGCGGCUCCAUGCUGACAGCGCGGGAUUAACGAGGGGAGACAACGAUCAAGGGCCGGCGGGGGGGCGACCGGCCCCUUCCCCCUCGCUCGCCUUGGGGCUCUAGCGGGAAGGACCCAACCUCCGGGUGGGAAGGGAAAGGCGGGUCAUGGCUGACCGGAGCCCCCCGAACUGCCACCUGCGGCUGGAGUGGGUUUAUGGCUACCGGGGUCACCAGUGCCGCAACAACCUUUACUACACGGCCGCCAAGGAGAUCGUUUAUUUCGUCGCGGGGGUCGGGGUGGUCUAUAGCCCCCGGGAGCACCGGCAGAAAUUCUACCUGGGCCACCAGGACGACAUCAUCAGUCUUGCUUUGCAUCCUGAACGAGUAUUGGUGGCAACAGGUCAAGUUGGGAAAGAGCCAUAUAUCUGUGUCUGGGACUCAUACACUGUGCAGACUAUAUCAGUCAUGAAAGAUGUUCACACACAUGGUAUAGCUUGUUUGGCAUUUGACGUAGAUGGUCAGCGUUUGCUUUCAGUCGGUUUGGAUUCAAAAAAUACAAUCUGUGUGUGGGACUGGAGAAAAGGAAAAAUGUUAUCUAUGGCUCCUGGUCAUACAGACAGGAUAUUUGAUAUUUCUUGGGAUUUGUACCAACCAAACAAACUUGUCAGCUGUGGUGUAAAACACAUUAAGUUCUGGAGUUUAUGUGGCAAUUCACUGACACCAAAGCGUGGUGUUUUUGGUAAGACUGGUGAUCUGCAAACUAUAUUGUGCCUCGCCUGUGCAAGAGAUGAAGUCACAUAUUCUGGUGCACUUAAUGGAGAUAUAUAUGUAUGGAAAGGAAUCAACCUUAUACGAACCAUACAGGGAGCGCAUGCUGCAGGAAUUUUCAGCAUGAAUGCAUGUGAAGAAGGCUUUGCCACUGGUGGCAGGGAUGGCUGUGUUCGCCUGUGGGAUUUAAAUUUUAAACCAAUUACUGUGAUUGAUCUCAGGGAAACAGACCAGGGAUAUAAAGGUCUAUCUGUGAGAAGUGUUUGCUGGCGAGGAGAUCACAUCCUAGUUGGAACACAAGACAGUGAAAUUUUUGAGAUUGUGGUUCAUGAACGCAAUAAGCCUUUCCUUAUUAUGCAAGGGCACUGUGAAGGAGAGCUUUGGGCUCUGGCAGUUCAUCCUACAAAACCAUUGGCCAUGACUGGAAGUGAUGAUCGAUCAGUCAGAAUCUGGAGCCUUAUAGACCAUGCAUUGAUUGCACGGUGCAAUAUGGAAGAACCAAUUCGUUGUGCAGCUGUUAGUACUGAUGGAAUUCAUCUUGCACUUGGAAUGAAAGAUGGUUCUUUCACAGUACUUCGAGUUAGAGAUAUGACAGAGGUUGUUCAUAUUAAAGAUAGAAAAGAAGCUAUUCAUGAAUUAAAAUAUUCGUCGGAUGGAAAUUUCCUUGCUGUUGGCUCUAAUGACAGCUCUGUUGAUAUUUAUGGUGUUGUUCAACGGUACAAAAAGGUUGGGGAGUGUGUUGGAUCCUCAAGUUUUAUCACUCAUAUGGACUGGUCACUGGACAGUAAAUAUUUGCAGACUAAUGAUGGCAGUGGGAAAAGGCUCUUUUACAGGAUGCCUGGUGGUAAAGAAGUAAUAAAUAAAGAAGAAUUAAAAGGCGUCCAAUGGGCUUCAUGGACUUCAAUUUCAGGCCUUGAAGUUAAUGGAAUAUGGCCUAAAUAUUCAGAGAUCAAUGAUAUUAAUUCUGUAGAUGCAAAUUUUAUGGGCCAGGUUCUAGUUACAGCUGAUGACUAUGGAAUAGUAAAACUGUUUCGCUAUCCUUGUCUAAGAAAAGGGGCAAAGUUUAAGAAAUACCUUGGUCAUUCAGCGCAUGUGACAAAUGUCAGGUGGUCACAUGAUUAUCAGUGGGUUAUUUCUAUUGGUGGAGCAGAUCAUUCUGUUUUUCAGUGGAAAUUUGUUCCUGAAAGGAAGCUGAAAGAUGCUCUUCACAUAGCACCACAAGAAAGCCUUGUUGACUCGAAUAGUGAAGAAUCCGAUUCUGAUCAAUCUGAUGUUCCAGAGCUGGACUCUGAAAUUGAACAAGAGACACAACUCACCUACCGUCGACAGAAAGAUUUGCUUUUCAGAUAUGCACAAUUACAGAGAACCUGUAUAUUCUCUGCUAAGGUUUACAAAGAAGAUCUACCUCAGCUUAAAGAGCAAUGCAAAGAAAAACGAAAAACUGCAGCUUCAAAAAGAAGAGAACGAGCUCCAAUCAAUAGUAUAAGAUUGCACUUUGUUCAUGGUUACAGAGGCUAUGACUGUCGGAGUAAUUUAUUUUAUACCCAAACUGGAGAAAUUGUAUACCAUGUUGCGGCUGUGGGUGUAGUAUACAAUCGACAGCAAAACACACAGCGCUUUUAUUUGGGUCAUGAUGAUGAUAUUCUCUGUCUUGCUAUUCAUCCCUUAAAGGACUAUGUGGCAACUGGACAGGUUGGUCGGGAUUGCUCAAUUCAUAUUUGGGAUACAGAGACAAUCAAACCACUGUCAGUAUUAAAGGGCUAUCACCAAUAUGGUGUUUGUGCUGUCGACUUUUCAGCGGAUGGCAAACGGAUUGCUUCAGUUGGAAUAGAUGACAAUCACACCAUUGUUCUUUGGGACUGGAGAAAAGGAGAGAAGCUUUCAGCAAUAAGGGGGAGCAAAGACAAGAUCUUUGUUGUUAAGAUUAACCCCUUCAUGCCUGACAAACUCAUUACAGCUGGAAUUAAACACAUAAAAUUCUGGCGAAGAGCAGGAGGUGGACUGAUUGGGAAAAAGGGCUAUGUAGGCCCAAUGGGAAAGAUUGAUACAAUGAUGUGUGCAGUUUAUGGGUGGACAGAAGAGAUGUCAUUCUCUGGAACUUCAACUGGGGAUGUGUGUAUAUGGAGAGAUCUGUUUCUUAUAAAAACAGUGAAAGCACAUGAUGGACCAGUGUUCAGCAUGCAUGCACUAGAAAAGGGAUUUGUAACUGGAGGCAAGGAUGGAGUAGUGGCUCUUUGGGAUGACACCUUUGAGCGGUGUCUCAAAACAUAUGCUAUCAAAAGAGCUGCCUUGGCCCCUGGCUCAAAAGGUCUCCUUUUAGAAGAUAACCCUUCUAUACGUGCCAUAUCACUAGGACAUGGUCAUAUUUUAGUGGGUACAAAGAAUGGUGAAAUACUGGAAGUGGAUAAAAGUGGACCAAUAACAUUGCUGGUUCAGGGUCACAUGGAAGGAGAAGUUUGGGGUUUAGCUACCCACCCUCAUUUACCUAUUUGUGCCACUGUAAGUGAUGACAAAACCUUAAGAAUAUGGGAUCUUUCCCCUAGCCAUUGCAUGCUAGCUGUUCGAAAGCUGAAGAAGGGGGGAAGAUGUUGCUGUUUUUCUCCUGAUGGAAAGGCAUUAGCAGUAGGCCUAAAUGAUGGAAGUUUCUUGAUGGUAAAUUCAGAUACUCUUGAGGAUCUCGUUUCCUUUCAUCACAGGAAGGAUGUUAUUUCAGAGAUACGAUUUUCUCCUGGUGCCGGAAAAUAUUUAGCUGUAGCAUCAUAUGACAGCUUCGCAGACAUCUACAAUGUAAUGAGCAGUAAACGGGUUGGAAUAUGCAAGGGAGCAUCCAGUUAUAUAACACACAUGGACUGGGAUAUAAGAGGCAAGCUUUUACAAGUCAACACUGGUGCUAAGGAGCAAUUGUUUUUUGAAGCUCCCCGUGGAAAAAAACAGAUCAUUCCUAGUAUAGAGGCAGAAAAGAUUUCCUGGUCAUCAUGGACAAGUGUUCUUGGCUCCUGCUGUGAAGGAAUUUGGCCAAUAAUUGGAGAAGUCACUGAUGUAACUGCUUCGUGCCUCACCAGUGAUAGUACAGUCUUGGCAACAGGAGAUGAUUUUGGAUUUGUAAAGCUUUUCCGAUACCCUGCCAAAGGAAAAUAUGGGAAGUUUAAGAGAUAUGUGGCUCAUAGCACACAUGUAACAAACGUUCGUUGGACUCAUGAUGACAGUUUACUAGUCAGUGUUGGAGGUGGAGACACAUCUUUAAUGCUGUGGACUCAUGAGAUGGAAGGUCAUCGUGAAACCAGGCAAUGUGACAGUGAAGAAUCUGAUCUCGAUUCUGAGGAAGAUGGUGGAUAUGACAGUGAUGUCACAAGAGAAAAUGAAAUUAAUUACACCAUCAAAGCCUUAUCAACAAACAUCAGACCAAUGUUUGGCAUCAAGCCUCAUCUGCAGCAAAAAGAGCCUUCAAUAGAUGAAAGGCAAGGGGUUGUAAGACCACCAGUUAGUAGGGCAUUGCCUCAGCCUGAAAAACUUCAGACAAAUAAUGUUGGGAAGAAAAAGAGACCUAUAGAGGAUCUAGUGCUGGAGCUGGUGUUUGGAUAUCGAGGUAGAGAUGGAAGGAACAAUGUUCACUAUUUGAAUGAUGGUGCUGAUAUAAUUUACCAUACUGCAUCUGUUGGGAUUCUGUAUAAUGUUGCAACAGGUUCUCAAACGUUUUACCAGGAACAUAAUGAUGAUAUUUUGUGCCUCACUAUAAAUCAGCAUCCCAAGUUUAUCAACCUUGUGGCAACUGGCCAAGUAGGAGACUCAGCAGAUAUGUCAGCUACAGCACCUUGUAUUCAUGUGUGGGAUGCAAUGAACAAGCAGACAUUGUCUGUAUUGCGAUGCUACCAUUCAAAAGGAGUUUGUUCAGUUGGUUUUAGUGCCACUGGCAAGCUUCUCCUGUCUGUAGGGCUGGAUCCUGAACAUACCAUUACCAUUUGGAAAUGGCAAGAAGGUGCCAAAAUUGCAAGUAGAGCUGGUCAUAAUCAGCGUAUUUUUGUAGCAGAAUUCAGGCCUGAUUCUGACACACAGUUCGUUUCAGUAGGAGUAAAACAUGUGAGGUUCUGGACCCUUGCUGGAAGAGCACUACUCAGUAAAAAAGGACAGACAAGUUCAAUAGAAGAUGCACGAAUGCAGACCAUGCUGUCUGUAGCGUUUGGAGCUAAUAACUUGACAUUUACAGGUACCAUCAGUGGAGAUGUAUGUGUUUGGAAAGAGCAUAUAUUGAAUCGGAUUGUGGGCAAAGCUCACAAUGGGCCUAUAUUUGCAAUGUACACAACACUUCGAGAUGGCUUAAUUGUAACAGGAGGCAAGGAGAGACCAUCAAAAGAAGGAGGGGCAGUUAAACUAUGGGAUCAGGAGCUGAGGCGGUGUCGUGCCUUCAGGUUAGAGACGGGACAGAUAAUUGACUGCGUUCGCUCUGUAUGCAGAGGCAAAGGGAAAAUUCUUGUUGGGACAAAGAAUGCUGAAAUAAUAGAAGUUGGUGAAAAAAAUGCAGCAUGUAACCUUCUAAUUAAUGGUCAUAUGGAUGGGCCUAUAUGGGGAUUGGCAACACAUCCAUCUCGAGAUGUGUUCCUUUCCGCUGCAGAUGAUGGAACAGUCAGACUCUGGGACAUUGCUGAUAAAAAGAUGGUGAACAAAGUCAAUUUGGGCAAUGCAGCACAGACUGUGUCUUAUAGUCCGGAGGGUGACAUGGUAGCUAUUGGCAUGAAAAAUGGAGAAUUUAUUAUAUUGUUAGUGAAUUCUCUAAAGAUAUGGGGAAAGAAAAGGGACAGAAGAUCAGCUAUCCAAGACAUCAGGUUCAGCCCAGAUUCCCAUUACUUAGCAGUGGGUUCUAGUGAGAAUGCAGUGGAUUUUUAUGACCUGACUUUGGGGCCUACUCUUAACCGAGCCAGCUACUGCAAAGACAUCCCUAGCUUUGUAAUUCAAAUGGACUUCUCUGCAGAUAGCUGUUAUCUUCAGGUCUCUACUGGGUCUUACAAAAGGCAAGUUUAUGAAGUGCCUUCAGGAAAACAGCUCCUGGAUCAGAUUCUGAUUGAUAGAAUAACAUGGGCCACUUGGACCAGUGUUCUAGGAGAUGAAGUUGUUGGAAUCUGGUCCAGGCAUGCUGAGAAAGCUGAUGUAAAUUGUGCCUGUGUUUCUCACUCGGGAAUCAGCCUUGUAACAGGCGAUGACUUUGGCAUGGUCAAGCUGUUCGACUUUCCUUGUCCAGAAAAAUUUGCAAAACAUAAAAGAUUUCUAGGUCACUCGGCCCAUGUGACUAAUAUUCGCUUUACAAGUGGAGAUAGAUAUGUUGUAAGUGCUGGCGGGGAUGAUAGCAGCAUAUUUGUCUGGAAAUGUGUGCAUAUGCCUCAUUGAGAGACAUGGAGACGUUCCAAAGAGGACAAUGCAUGAAGUAAGAGGCAUGAGUGCCCCAUGGUUGCAAAGAAACAUUCUCCAGUGCCCUGCAUGCUUCAAGAAAUGGUGCUGAUUAAGACAGACUGCCAUCUGUCUGACUGACUAGAGUCUAUCAGAAGGAUGGGCGGCUGCAAACCUAUUGAGUCUAGUCACGUUACUCAUUAUCGCCGGAUAACCUACGUCUGUUUCCCACUCACUGCCAGAUGCUGAAACACAUGGAUAUGAGGAAGUGAGUUUUGGCUCCGUGUACAGUUUCCCAAUAGGAUCCUGGAUUUGUAAUCAAGAAAUGUUACUUCUGACCUAGUGCUGUACAUCAGUGUGUUUACUUUCAGCAUGAAUGUUUCCUUUAAGUACUGGGGACUGACUUUCGCUCAAAUAGAAGACUCUUAUUUUAUUACUGAAAGGAAGACCACAUUGCAGCUCUUAAACUAUACUAUUUUUUUUUAAUGGGUGAAUAUAAAAUAUGUGAAUGGUCCAGCAAAAGGUUUGUUUAGUACACACACAUAUUGGCGGGCGGGUGGGGGCGGGGAGAUCCCAAUAAUUAGAUUUGUUCCUCGGACCUGCAGCAUUCUAUUGGUUUUAAGGCCUGGGUUGUAAUCAUGUCUGGUGAAUGCUAGUAGACAUGCAUGAACCCAUUCUUCAAAGCUAAUUUAGUGUUUUUGUUUCACUUAAACAUUAAAUUAGUUGUGUGAGCAGAAUCAGAUUUGCUCACAUUGUGAGUGCCUUGCCCACAACCUAAAAGUCUAACUCCGGUUUUUGCCUUGUGAAUAAAAGUGUUCUCAGUGAAAGAGAAAUUGCUGUGUUUGCUUGCAGACCUGUGCUGGAAAUACAAUGUAGGCUAUUCAUUUUAGUAUUUAUACAGUGAUGAAGCUUUGGGUGGUCACCAGACGCCAAAAAAAGGGGGGGGGCAAUAGGAAUUGUUAGUUUAUUUUUGAAAUUAUCCAUAUUCAAAGUAAAACUGAUCACUGCAAAUGUAUUUUGCAAAUCCUUUCUUUACACAGGAAUAAGACUGGUUGAAAUAUCCUCACAUUCUCCACAUUAUAACCUUACAGCCAGUUCAGACAUGCAAGAACCCACAUGGUAUAGCCUUCUGAAAAAAGAUUCCAUCAGGAUACACCACAGGCAUGGAUUAUGAAAUCUGGCUCCUCAGAUAUUGUUGGACUACAGCCCCCAUCAUCCCCAGCCAUUGUGACUGGGAUGAUGGGAGUUGAAAUCCAACAACUUCUGGGGGUCCAUCUUUGAGAACCCCUGACAUGAGGAAUUGCUUCAUGUUUAGAAAGUUGCCAUUUUCAACCAUUUGUCAAAAUGCUCCUCCACGUGGAAAAGUUACACAUAAGGUGACUAGUUAGAUUUUGGCACGUGAAUGCCUGCACGUUUGAAUUGGCUCUAACAGUCUGCUGUAAGCUUCAAAAUAAUCAUGCAUGCUGAAGACAUUGGUCUGUAAUCCUUAGAAGAAAUAUUUAACUAGGUAAUGAACGAAGCCAUUUCUGUAACUAUAAGCUCCUCCUACUAGAAAGGGAGAGAGAGCCUCCUUGUCCGUUUAAAUAAAUAGAUCAUGCAGCUGAGCUGUGAGGUAGGCAGCUUCCCAAAAUAGCUAAAUCUCACCCCUUCCCUCUCCCCAUCUUGGGCAGACCAUGCAUGGAAAGCCAUUUGGGCCUCAGGCACAGUCCUCUACUUGGCACAAUCCUCGCACCCCACAUAUCAGGAGCUUAAGCUGUCAAGUGGAGUAGAUGCUGGAGACACUUUCUUCUCCCUUCAAAAUAGGUGAUUAAGUGCUGUGAGGCGCUCUGAAUGGGUGAAGCCCUCCAGGGCAGUGAUGUGAGGCAAGGCUCUCCUCACUCCACCUCCCUACCCCCAGUCUCUUGCUUAGUCUCAAAACUAUGAAAGGCUUCUGCACUGCAGUCCAAAGGCUCCGAGAGAAUUACCAAUGCAGCAGCAGAUGUGGAGACUUCUGCAUGGCUCGUGUUAGUUGAAUCAGGGCUACCUGUAUCUUUUUAUCUUUUUAAAAUAUCCUGUGCAUUGUGGAGCAUGUAUCAUUUUCAUAUUUAAGUAAGUCUAAUGCUAUCCAAAAUCACAUCCUUGCAGUCCAGAUGAAUCUGGAGACUAUCUCCCUUUCGUUUUUUACUCAAAAGUACUAAUGUGGAUUAGAGUGCCAAAUUCACCCAAUAAAUGUGUUGAAAGAAGGGGAGGGUCAACUUUGAUCAUUGUGAUCAUGCUAAUUGAAAGUGGAGUUGUUAAAGAUUAUUCCCUAGAAUUAUUCUUUCCUGUUCAGUAAUGCACACAUGGCAACACAGCUGAUGUUAACAGGCAAUUUUUUUAAUUCUGGAUCAUGUUAUAUUUCUUUUCUCAUAAGAAUAUAAAUAAGAACAGCCCUGCUGGAUCAGGCCCAAGGUCCAUCUAGUCCAGCAUCCUGUUUCACACAGUGGCCCACCAGAUGCAUCCAAGAAGCCCACAGGCAGGGGGUGAGGGCUUGCCACCUCUCCUGCUGUUGCUCCCUUGCAACUAAUAUUUAGUGGCAUCUUGCCUCUGAGGCUGGAGGUGGUCUAUAGCCAUGAGACUAAUAGCCAUUGAUAGACCUGUCCUCCAUGACUUUGUCUAAGCCCCCUUUAAAGCCAAAAUCUCUUCCCAUUACAUAUAAACAACAUGUGUAAUGAUUUGUAAUUUAUAGUAAUUCUUGAGCAUAAGAAUUACUAGCUGAUGUAAUUCCUUUAUCAUUUCCCCUCUACUCAUCCCAUAUACAUCUCUCAUCAGUAAUGGCCUGAAAAGUUUAGAUGGCAGAAUGAAAGAAACAUUUAUUACACUUGAAUAGAAAAGGACUUGCUGCUUCUAUUUCUCCUCUAAAACCUUUUUGUCCAUGAGUAACCUAUUCAUUAUAAGCCAGUAGAAAGCUUUUAAACAAAUAACAGAAAUGAUGUUGAGCCAGCACAGAAGGGAGCUAAACUAGCCAUUAAAAAAUGUUAUGAGAGUACUUAGCCUUUCUUUUGAAUAGUAAAUGGCUCAUGAUGAUGAUAACUUCUGAAUGGACAAAACUGACCUCCCUGUUAGUUUCAGAGGUGGCUUCAUAUUAGGUGGCUGCAGGCAGUGGACACAGCAGCUUCUCAAUUUAUUCACUGUGAGGAUUGUUGUUGGAGUAGCAUCAAAACUGUGAUUGUGUAGCUUAGUAGGCACGGAGCAGCUCACCUCCACAGAGAUGCAGAUGUGCUUUAGAGUGCCUUGCAGCAGUGUGGGCACCUCUCUCUUUCAUUAACUAUUCUGUGUGGUGUCAGCCACUAAAUCCAUAAAAAGUCCUAAUCACACAAAGCAUGAACGCUCCUAGAAUUAGGUCUGGCAUAGCUGAUUAAGAGAUGGAUCUGAUCAUAAAUGGACCGAUAUCUCAACCUUUCAGUGGUGCUUGUUCAAGGACUCUUACAGAAAAAUGUCUGCUGACUUCAUUAUGAUUAAUGAAUGCUUCAGCCUGUGGCCUUCUUCUUGAAUAUACAAAUCUGAUUAAGGAAGGAACUGCGAUUGCAGGUCACAUGAAAGUCUCCUAUGGUAACUACUACCAUAUUUCCUCAGUUUGCAAAUCCAUUGCUGUGUGCUGUGUUUAUGUUUCUUAUUCUGAUCUGCAGACUGUGUUGGCUUUGCCUCAAUACAGAAAAAUACGUGAGCAUGCCAAAGCCUACUAUGCACUUAACAAUCACUGUGGUAUAGGCAAACCAAAUUAGUUUCCUAGUUUUGUUACUUUUCAACUUCUAGAUGCAAGUCUGACACUUGUGCUGUAACACUUCAUAAAUUAGAAGAAAAUAUACCUGGGAGCACAUUUUGAUGGUUCAGUUGGGGUCAUGUUGCAUGCUCACCUAGCCAACAAUGUGCUCCACUCAUGUGGAGGAGUGGGCACAGAUUCCCUUUCCACCAUGCACACAACACAUAAAGGAGAUGCUCCAUGUGCAGGUGAAUAUUCCUUCUCUCUCUCAAGAAAAGAGAUAAAUUAAGUCUAUAACAUAUAUUACUGCUAAUGGUAGGGGGAGGUAGGCACAACUGCUACUCCACAUGGGAAAAGAAAUGUUGCAUGGAAAAGAAUUCAAGUGAACUUCAGAGCUAUGUAAUUUGCCAGAAUCUAUGUACCUUUCAAGUGCUGAAAAUGGAUGGGGUCUCUAUCACAAGCAACGUUUCUUGGAACAGCAGGCCUUCAUCUCAUAUCACAAACUGGUUUUGGAUUUUACUUCUUUAGGAAUAUAGAAAGCUGCCUUAUUCCGAGUCAGACCAUUGGUCCCUGUAGCUCAGUAUUGUCUACACUAAGGGCUGUACUUCAGCCCUCCAGCUGUUUUUGGACUACAACUCCCAUAAUCCCCAGCCACAGUGGUCAAUAGUCAGGGCUGAUGGGAGUGGUAGGCCAACAUCUGCAGGAGGGUCGAAGUUGUCUACACAGACUGGCAGCAGUUUCUCCAAGGCUGAAGGCAUGAGUCUCUCAGCCCAUCAGGGAGGGAACUUGGCGGUGUUCUUCCCCGAGCAGCCCCAUCCUGAGGAGAACAUCUUACAGUGCUCACACAUGUAGUCUCCCAUUCAAAUGCAAGCCAGGGUGGGCCCUGCUUAGCCAAGUGGACAAUUCAUACUUGCUGCCACAAGACCACCUCUCCUCAAGAACGGCUUGGCCUGUAACACGGAGGAGUACUGUUCAAGGAACAGAAAUCCCAAGUCCUCUUUGACCUGUGGAAUGCCUUUGAAUCCUGGCCUCUGCCUUUUUUCUUCUUCUUAAAGACAUCUGUGCUGGAUUGAAAGCUGCAUCUAUUUAAUGGCCUUUGUGUGUAUGCAUACAUUAAGACACAUCCUUCAGCCAAUAAAGCCCUGGCAUUCGGGACUGGGGUGAGACAUGAGCAUGGCCUUCUGGCAAAGAUACUAUCUAUUUAAAUCCCUCCUCUGUACCACUAGCUGGUAUUCCUACAAAGAGCAAAAUAAUAGGUUAAAGAAGGAUAAUAGCUGGUGUGGCUGGAUGUUCACACUAAUCAGAGUUCAGAGUGGUUAUACUGGUCCAAAUCACAUACAAAAGGCAUUCAGUGAGCUGAUGCCCAGGAUCAUGUACAUAUCAGUUUAUCUGAAAUACACAAUUCCUGACUUACAUCCUUCAAGCAUACAAUAUUUGUAGGAUGUGGGGACAAUGGAAAUUGUUAUGGUUGUAGUACGAUUAUAAAAACCAAGCAACUUUGACAGAAUACGAAGAUUAGUCUCUUCUCCAUGCAGGCAUGGUUGUGUUUUUUUAAAAAAAAAAAUACAGACACAGAUAUUGGCUCAAUAGCAUAUAAAAUAAAGGUACCCCAAAUAACCUGUUUAAACAAUUAUGAAAUAUAUACUCAAAACUGUGUUUUAAAGAUACUUUUUCAAUAUUGAAUGUUCCCAUGCUAAUUUAUGGUUUUAUAAUGGCCAAUCUUAAGUACACCAGUACAGCACGUAGCCAUUUCUGUUCCAUAUCCUUCAUAAAUACAAUCAUACAUACUUGCAUACUGACUUUCCUCAGCCUGGACAUGCAUUUUUCUCUCCUUUUCCAUUUGAUGUGGGGGUGGAGAGUGGGAAACAGUCCUUAAGCAAGGUAGAUCAGUUUUUCUACAAGCAAUUCCAUCAAUAGAUUCUCAGAGAAAUGACUUUCACUUUGUGAAGACUUCUGUACCUAUUGAGAUCCCUGGGGAUGGCUGAAGGGUCCUAAUGCCUAAUAUAUGCCACAGGCAACAUACUUCAGAUAAUCUCCAAAAUCUAGUUUUAUAUGGAGUAUCAGAGCUGCAGAGAGUAUCCAUCUUCUGAUCAAGAAGGUGCUUUUCACUCCCCACCCCCGAGCAACUGCAAACUAUUAUUGUUCCAAAACUAGAAAACAUAAAAAGUUGUUUUCCACCAUUCCCUUGGGCAUCAUGCUAGCAGUCUAACAUUAAGAAUACGAUUCUGAGCCUCCCUAGAUAUAAUGGUAGAGACAGAUGGCUCACCUGUAAAUACUGUCUUGUUCCUGAUCUACAAACAGGCAGCUAUUCACAUAAAUAGCAGGAGUAGAGCCAGAGAGUGGGUGGGGCACUAGAGUAUGAUUUAAGAUGCCCAAAGGGAAACAAAACCUUGCUAGAAAGAGAUCUCCAGCCUUGUAAACAGCAGAGACUGUGCAGCACCACCAUCUUUUAUACCAGCCUCCUGUUCAGAGCUUCCACAUCCCUGGGGAGGCCUACCUCACCCUCCCAAGAUCAUUCAUCCCAAGAGCAGCUUGGCUGUGCUUUGUGUGUAAGCCAUUUGGAAACUUGGCACCCUUACAAAGAACACAUUUUGGUUUCACCGCUAGUGCAAGCAACAGCAGCCAUUUUGGAACUAUACUUCAUAGCUUCCUUGUCAUGAGGUGAGAAUUAGUAAUAGUGGACUAUCUAUCAAUCAAUAUAUUUUCAAAUGAAAAUGAAGUAUAUAGACAAUGUUAACGACAAACUAUUCCAUUACUGAGAUUGCUUAAAGAAGUCUAAUCUCUAGUUUCAAAGAACCUUUCCAUUCUAUCAAAGAUAUGUAAAGUGUAGAAAUCAACUUUCCAGUGAAAUGUAAGCAGUAGUUCCAACAUUCCAGAGUGUAUCCUGCUAUGGCCAUGAACACUGAUGAAUGUCCUAGGAAUUCCGUAAAAUCAAUGUUUUAAUUAUUAACCAAACGCAGUGUAUGUAGUCUUGCACAAAAUGACAUUACUUGUGUUUUAACUGUUUAUGGGAAAAAUUGGUGCUGUCAGAUAAUGCUUUCUAAGACACUUCUAAGCCUUGACUUCUUUUACUACAAAUAUUCCAUUACCGCAGUGUGCUUUGGGGCCUUGGGGUCAGCUGCAGUAAUUUAAACAGAAUUAUGGGCUGGUUAAAUACAAAGCUUCAUCUAGCUAUUAAUAAGGCAAGUUCUUGAAUACAGAACCUUGUCUUUGAAAAGCAGAAUUAUUCAAUUGCAAACAAUAUAUUUUCAUACAAAAUGUAAAGCUCAAGAUAAUAAUUUAAGGGCAAAAAUGUGAUCCAGAUUAUGUUUCCUGGAAAUAUAUUUUGACUAAACUGACACAUGUCCCUUUUGACAAUAUAAACUGGUUACCCAAGGUGUAUGGUGUGUUUUGUUAAUUAAUGGGGAAAGGGUCACCUACUGAAAAGGUGUUUUGACUGCUACCCAAAACAACAUGAUAGACUGCAUUUGACAUUUUGAUCCCAAAUCAUAGGUUCCCUCCCAUUCUGCUGGUGAAAUCAAAACUUUUAAAUAUUUGCUACAGCCACCCAAAGUGGGCCCACCUAUUUGUGAUGCCUGUACCACUUACUUUGAACUGAAUAGAACUUCUUUCCAUAUAAAUACAUUUUGGAUCAGAAUGUCAUGACUUUUAAGGAUGAUUUCAGGUCAUCCCAUGAAAUUGAUUGCCAGGACUUUUUCACGCAAUGCAUAAUCAACUUGUGGAAUUCUCUGCCACCAGAUGUGGUGACAGCCAACAAUCUGGAUGGCUUUAAGAGGGGCUUGGAUAACUUCAUGGAGGAGAGGUCUAUCAACGGCUACUAAUUGGAGGGCUGUAGGCCACCUCCAGCCUCAAAGGCAGGAUGCCUCUGAGUACAAGUUGCAGGGGAGUAACAGCAGGAGAGAGGGCAUGCCCUCAACUCCUGCCUGUGGCUUCCAGUGGCAUCUGGUGGGCCACUGUGUGAAACAGGAGGCUGGACUAGAUGGGCCUUGGGCCUGAUCCAGCAGGGCAGUUCUUAUGUUCUUAACAAUUAUUACAGUAAAAGAGUUUGCUUGGACCUGGUUUGUCUGAAGCCAGAUUUGGUGGGGAGGGAGGCACAGGGAGGUAUGCAUUUGCUCUUUUCUUCUUUGCCGGCUAGCUAGCUGAUAAUACAUAUUGGCCCACUAUGAGCUGGCAACUACAGGGCAAUCAUGCAGUAUUAAAGAUGGGUGGCUUAAGCUAGCCUCUGCCACAAAGGGCUCAAACGCUGGCAGACUGCUCCCGAAUCCGGUGACAGCCUUAGAAUUCAGGUCUACUCUGUUUGGGAGCCUAGCAAAAAAACUGAUUAUUAUCUGUGUUGUCCACAAUGAAAGAGGAGCAGCUUCCUGUUCUUUGAAAGGAAUUCCAUAGUAAGGUACAGCAAAGCAGGCUGCAGUUACAAAAAAUAUUUGGAUAUGCUAUUUUCAAACUCCUUGCAGUGCUUCUUUUUUUUAUUAUUAAUUUAAAAACUUCCAUUACCUGGAAGCCCCACAUUUUCUCAUUCUUCCCAAUUAAAAAAAAAUUAUGCUUCUUGUCUAUCUGUAUUUCACUGAGUUUACAAUCGUUAACCAUCUUGUUUUCUAGGACCACUACAUUACACUAUGAAGUAUUUCUUAGACAAUCCUCCUUGCUUUAACCAAAAAAAGAAAAAAAUCUUACAUCAAACUAGUCCAAAGGUGUAUGUUAAUUUGAUACUGUAAUAAAGGUAACGGUUUUACGUGUGUUCCCUUUGGGGUUCUCAUCAUAAAGAGCUAAUUCCUGUGAUCAUACAAUCCUAUAGUUUGUUAUUUUAAAAGUUUAUCAAUUAAGCCUUUUUUGCAGAAAUUAAGGGUUGGGAUUGGGUUUUUUUUAAAGAUAACUGAAUAUUAACUGAACUUUAAGUACAUUAUCUACAAGCGUAAAUAUUUCAAAGUAAUUUCCUGGAGUGUUAAGUUUUAGAAUUAAAGGAAUAUAUUUGUCAAAUCUGAGUUUAAAAUGUGGAGCUAAUUUUGUUUUCUGAUAUCUUAUGUAAAUAUUUGUACAGAUUAUCUUUUGUAUAUUUUUGUGAAAAUGUAGUUCCCCAAAAGAUACAAAAGAUUUAAUAAAAAAUGCAUUCAUGUUA